AUGGACAAGCUACCCCAGGACGUAGAACAGGGCGACCUGAUCUUGGUGCAUACCCCCAAGGCAGCAGCCAUGCUCGUUGUCAAGUCUGCUUCAGCCAGACGAGAUCCAAGCUCAAGCGCACCCUGUAUCAUCUUGCAGAAGGUGGACUGGCAUAUCCCAGGCUCAAAGGGACAUUGGAUCUUGGAUGGACCAAACGUCUACUAUGCAGACUCAGACGCAGACGCAGAAUCAGACGAAGAUGGAGACGCAGACGAGGAGGACGAUGAUGGGAACUGCACGGGCGAGGAGAUGACCCUAGAAAUGUACCUUCACAAAUUCAAAUCUCAAGUUGAAGGUGACGAUGAACCCAAUGUAGUUGUUCGACCUUAUGGGCGUGAUGUCCUCAAGCAUUACUUCUUCGGCCGCUGCCCCAAUUGCGGCGUCAAUGAAUGGUUUUGCCGCGGCUGUCAGCAGAUGUGGCCUGAGCUCUUUGGGAGCUGUGGGGAUGACCUGUCCUGCCCUGUCUGCCAUGGGUAUGAUUUUGCUUUUGAUGAUAACAUGGCUAUCAGGUAUCAGGACUCUCUUGAAGGGAGGUUGCGUCGGCGGCACGAGCACGGGCAGGACUCCGUGUACUCAAAAUCCGAGAUACGAAGCCUACAAGAGGAAAUGCUGUCUUCGCUUCGGGAUAGAUAUGAGUGGAUCAACGCACGAAGGGAGGAGAUGGGGAUGAGAAAGGAAGAUGUGGAUGAGUUGGUGAACGACCAUAAAAAGUCUUUCGCUAAGUGCUGGGGUUGGCUUGAUUGA